AUGUCCGGCGCCCGCUGCCGGACCCUGUACCCCUUUUCCGGGGAGCGGCAUGGCCAGGGGCUGCGCUUCGCCGCGGGCGAGCUCAUCACGCUGCUGCAGGUCCCGGACGGCGGCUGGUGGGAAGGCGAGAAGGAGGACGGACUCCGCGGCUGGUUCCCGGCGAGCUACGUGCAGUUGCUGGAGAAGCCUGGAAUGGUCCCCCCUCCGCCGGGAGAGGAAAGCCAGACCGUCGUCCUUCCACCAGGCUGGCAAAGCUACUUGUCCCCUCAGGGCCGGCGCUACUAUGUCAACACGGCCACCAAUGAGACCACCUGGGAGCGUCCCAGCAGUUCUUCUGGGAUUCCAGCCAGCCCUGGCCCUCACAGGAGCUCUCUGCCUCCAACAGUGAAUGGAUACCACACGUCAGGGACCCCAGCGCACCCUCCCGAGACUGCCCACAUGAGUGUCCGAAAAUCCACCGGUGAUUCCCAGAACCUGGGAUCCUCGUCACCAAGCAAAAAGCAGAGCAAGGAAAACACCAUCACAAUAAACUGCGUGACGUUCCCUCACCCAGACACAAUGCCGGAGCAGCAACUGCUGAAACCAACCGAGUGGAGCUACUGUGACUACUUCUGGGCCGACAAGAAGGACUCCCAAGGCAAUGGCACGGUGGCUGGGUUUGAACUGCUGCUGCAGAAACAGCUGAAGGGCAAGCAGAUGCAGAAGGAAAUGUCGGAGUUCAUCCGAGAAAGGAUAAAGAUUGAAGAGGAAUAUGCAAAGAACUUAGCUAAGCUCUCUCAGAACUCCUUGGCUGCACAGGAGGAGGGCUCCCUGGGGGAAGCCUGGGCGCAGGUGAAGAAGAGCCUUGCGGAUGAGGCUGAAGUUCACCUCAAGUUCUCUGCCAAGCUGCACAGCGAGGUGGAGAAGCCCCUGAUGAACUUCCGCGAGAACUUCAAGAAGGACAUGAAGAAGUGUGACCACCACAUCGCAGACCUCCGCAAGCAGCUUGCCAGCCGCUAUGCCGCGGUAGAGAAGGCCCGAAAAGCCCUCACGGAACGGCAGAGAGACUUGGAGAUGAAGACCCAGCAGCUGGAGAUCAAGCUGAGCAACAAGACGGAGGAGGACAUCAAGAAGGCUCGGAGGAAGUCCACGCAGGCGGGAGACGACCUCAUGCGCUGUGUGGACCUCUACAACCAGGCCCAGUCCAAGUGGUUUGAAGAGAUGGUGACCACCACGUUGGAGCUGGAGCGGCUGGAGGUGGAGAGGGUAGAGAUGAUACGGCAGCACCUUUGCCAGUACACACAGCUGCGGCACGAGACGGACAUGUUCAACCAAAGCACAGUCGAGCCUGUGGACCAACUGCUUCGAAAAGUGGACCCAGCCAAAGACAGGGAGCUGUGGGUCAGAGAGCACAAGACGGGCAACAUCCGCCCCGUGGACAUGGAGAUCUAG